UUUCACUAUUUGACAUAACUAAACGAGACGUCAUAAUUUCACUUAAUUUUCUAUCAGCUUAGAGAAGUUUUUAGUUCUUUUCUUUAGGUUUUUCUUAAAUUUUAGUUAAUUUUAAUUUAUCCAGGUUUCUUGUGAAAAAAAUUGUUGGCUAAAAAUGUUAUUAAAAUUAUGUGCAGUGCUUGUCAGCAUUUUGGCUCAGAUUGAGGCCGGUUAUGCGCCAGUAUUUUUAUUGGGUGUCAAGAGUACCGACAAACCUUCUCUGAUUCCUGUUGGCCAAACGGAGUUUAUCAAAGACAUUAUCGAACCUUUUGUGGAAAAGAAGGCUAUUGUAGUGUUUGUGGAGAAAUAUCUAAACCAAAAAGAUUUCUCGUGCGGAUGUUUUGAUCGUUUGGAAGCUGCACCCUUGAAAACUUACUAUGCCGCAGUAGAAGAUCCUGUGGAAGGUUUAAAGAGCUUAACAAUAAACAACACCAAAUUGCAAAUAGAUAUCACCAUUGAUGAUAACGGCAAUUUAGAAAAAUUUCUGGAUUUAGCGCGUGAGAAUAUAAUUUUUAUUAACUUCGAUGAUCGGGAGGAUUUCAAUAAAAAACGUGAAGUUGUGUUGCGGGAGCACGAUGAAGCAAUUGCUAAAGUUAUUGGAAAAUUUGGUGACAAAGCUUAUUACAUAUACACUGCAUCUAAGUCUACAAAAGCUUUAAAUCGUCAACGUCGAGAAGUUAUACCCACAACCGAUGGCUAUAUGUAUCGUGAAGGUGCCAAUUUAUUGCUCUAUUUCCGUUCCUUAGCUGUUAACGAUGGUAAAGACACUUCCUUUUUAAAAGUCGAUCAAACGACCGUCAAAGUGGAGAAUAGCAACAUAUCGGUUACGAUGGCCACAAAUGCUAGUAAAUCAUUGACUUUUAACAUCGAACUUUCGCACGGUUACUUUCACAUGGCAAACGUUGAAUAUGACGGCAAGAAAUUUCGAAGCUCUGAAGUAAAUGCACCCACAACUUUUUCAUACUUUUGUGGUGAUUUAACUCUAUAUCGUAUACGUGCAGAGCACGAACCUGAUGCUGAUCCCUACACCUUACAUUGGCAUUCGCUGCAAUUUCAAGCACCUUUCAACUCAAAAACGAAACCUGAUUUCAUUUUUGGCGAUGCCUGGCAUUGCGUAGGAUUCUUUAGUGGUGGAAUUCUUAUGGGUUUGUUGAUCGUUGUCUUGUUAUUGACCAUACUUUUUGCCGGCGUCUGCUGGAUGUUGGAUAUUAACACCAUGGAUCGUUUUGAUGAUCCCAAAGGCAAAACUAUAACCAUCAACACUAGUGAAUAAUUUCUGCACAAAAGUGAGAUACCCAACGUCUUCUCUUCAGUUUUUUAUUCAUUCUUCAUAUAUAUUUGAUAUUUUUUCUAUACAUGCCUUAAGGUUUUUUUUUUUUUUGUCAAGUUUUAAAACUUUUAAAAAGAAAUUUAAAAAGUGUGGGAAGCUAGAAACAUCGGUAAAAGUUCUUUUAAGGUAUAAGCCAAUAAUUUUCCUUUAUUUGUUUUAAGUUCAGCAUCCUAAAAGGCAAAUAUAGGAGAAUUUUUGCCGUAACGGAAGUUCUUUCUCUAGCUGUAUUAAAAUUAAGCACAAAAUGUUGGGAAGAAACUUUUGUAAAACAUUUAUAAGAUAAUGUUUACUUAAACAUAUAUAUUUUUAUAGAUAUUUGUGAUUUCCGUCUAUAUAUUUAUAUACAUAUGAAGCUUAUUGUAAAUCUACCAAAGUUUUGUUAAUAAAAUCCUUUUUUCUCUCUUGUCCAAAAGCAACUUGAGUAACAUCAAAAAAA